CGUAUUUCUCGCGCGCCGCGUCUUGUUUUACCAACAUUAUUGUUUAUGUUGUGCUGAGCGCUACUACUCUAUUAGUGACAGAAAUAACCCUGUUAAUUGAAUCGGUGUGGUUUGGUUUUCUUUAGUGAUGUCUCAGCAGGCCCCGCAGACGGGCCCCGCGGCCCCUGACUCCCCCGUGCUGGUCGUCACGAGCAACGUGCAGAAAUAUGCCAUGAAGAAGAAGAAGGUCCUGAAUGCGGAGGAAAGUGAACUGUUUGAAUUGACUCAAGCUGCAGGGAUCACUGUGGACCAGGAAGUCUUUAAGAUUAUUGUGGACCUGUUGAAGAUGAACGUGGCCCCUCAGGCAGUUUUCCAGACCCUGAAGGCGAUGUGUGCAGGCCAGAGAGUGGCUGAGAGCUGUGGAGACCCCUCAGCCUCAGCUGCCCACACAACCAGCAUGACCACAGCACCCACAGAGGUCAAAGAUGAAGAACCUUUGGUCUCUGGGAAAAGCCCCAAGCCUGCCGCCGCUCACCAUUCAGCGUCGGCCCCCAGAUCCGCAAGGGUCAACACUAAAAUUGUGGUCUACGGCCCCCAAGACGCUAGCUCUCCGCACUCUCAAGCAGUGCGCACUAAAGCUGGAGCCGGCCAGAGUGAGAAGAGUCGAGAGCCCUCCAGCCAGAAGGUGCAGCGGCAGCCAAGCGCCACCAGGGGGCAGAAGACUAAGAGCUCUGGCAGCAGUAGUUCUUCCUCACAGAUAAACUCCUCCUGAGUGUCAUCUGUGUGGGACCUUUUGUAAAUAUGUAGGUUUGGUUUCGUAUAAAUAAUCUUUUAAAAUGCCAGAGUGACAGUUUUACUUCAAAAAUGCAUUUCUUUUUAUUCAUUUAAGUGUUUUUUUUCUCAUUUGUUUGUAAAUGUUAUGAGAAUAUUUUUGAGAGAAGUGUUUGUGAAGAGAUGAUAUAAAGUGACUGGAAAAUCUGUAAACCCAAGUCAUCUUAAUAUGCCUUUACAAAAAAAUCCAACACAACAUGUAUGCAAUGUGUCUUAUUUAAUUUCAUACUUUAAUCCAUCUGAAGUGAGGAGCAAAUUAACUGGAAAAAUCCACCCAUGCAAAAUAAUCGACUGCACUGCAAAGAUGUUUCAAAACAUGUUUACAUGAUAUAGCAACACAUUCCUCUGCUUGCAGAUUUCUUUAGUGAUUUUAGCGUAAGGUUUGUCCAAUGGAUUACUCUGUCUUGUUCUGAAAAAAAAAAUAAAAAAUUCUAUCAGUAUUGCAUAUAAAUGGAACAUGAGCUGCAAUGUUUAUGGACUGAGGUGACAAAAAAAGCUUAAAUCUGAAUAUUUUCUAUUUAAAAACCCAAAUGCAUUAAUGCAUUCAUGUUUUUAUACCAGUGAACUCAAAUAAAAGCUCUGA